UCGUUACAAACACAUACGCACACUCGCGCUUCUAUAUUUCACUUCAUAAGUUUGAGAGAAAAUCUCUCCCCGCCCAAAUAACCGUUUCAGGACAGUGAGUGGGAGGAAGGGAAGGCUAUACACACAACUCCCAUAUGUAUGUAUAUGUAUACACAGACAGUGAAGAUGAAGAAGACAAUGGAAGGUGACGGUAUAUGUAAAGGUGGCGAGGGAAAACUCAUACUCUCUGCAUUUCUGUCCGUACUCUGUUUCCUCCUCGUUGGAUCAGCAAUCAUCGUAGCCUCCAUCAGAGUCUCCGCUCAGAAAGGGAGCUUCGCCUCACUCAUACUGAUAGCUCCAGACCAGUAUACGCCGGAACGCAACAUCAACAAUUACUUCUCAGUCCCGAUCCUGGAGUUGCAGACGAAGAUGGACGGCGCAGGAAGCUCUCUGUAUGAUCCAGCUCGAUCAGUUUCUGUCGUGGAGAAUUUGAUCAGCAGAAACGUUUCGAGACCUAUUAAAUCGCCUCCACGGAAACGAACAGCCAGCAAACCGCAGAAGGCGGAGGAAGGACUGGCAAGAGCACGAGAUGCGAUCAGGAAAGCCGCUUCAACUCGGAACGUCUCCGGUACGACCGUCGCCGGCAGUAUAUACCGUAAUCCCCAAGCAUUUCACCGGAGCUACCUGGAGAUGGAGAGGAGGUUCAAGGUAUUUGUAUACAAAGAAGGGGAUUUGCCGAUAGUCCAUGACGGGCCGUGCAAGAAUAUAUAUGCGAGUGAGGGAAGAUUUAUUAGUGAGAUGGAGCACGGGAGGAACAAGUUCAAGACGAGAGAUCCAUAUUCAGCGCACGUCUACUUCAUGCCUUUCAGUGUGACUUGGAUGGUCAAAUACCUUUACAAGCCUUUCACUUAUGAUGUCUCACCUCUUCAGCAAUUCGUGUCAGAUUACGUUAGGGUCAUCUCCACCAAGCACCCUUUCUGGAAUCGAAGUCAGGGUGCUGAUCACUUCAUGCUCUCCUGCCAUGAUUGGGGUCCACAUGCAUCAAAAGGCAAUGCAAAUGUCUACAACAACUCUAUCAGGGUCUUAUGCAAUGCCAAUUCCUCCGAAGGGUUCAACCCACAAAAAGACGUCAGCCUGCCAGAGAUCCAUCUUUAUACUGGAAAUAUAUCACCCAAACUCCACCCUCUACCUGCAGACUCCAAUCAUAACAUCCAAAGGCCCCACCUAGCCUUCUUUGCGGGAGGCCUCCACGGCCCCAUACGCCCAAUCCUCCUCCACUAUUGGAAAAAUCACACUGACCCGGAAAUACAAGUCUAUGAAUACCUACCCAAACACCUAGACUACUACACCUUGAUGUUACAAUCAAAGUUCUGUUUGUGUCCGAGUGGGCACGAAGUGGCCAGCCCAAGAGUAGUGGAGGCCAUUUACGCUGAAUGUAUCCCCGUCAUACUCUCACGUAACUAUGUUCUUCCCUUCAGCGAUGUGCUUAACUGGGAUGCUUUCUCUCUACAUGUUGAGGUUUCAGAGAUCCCCAGGCUGAAGGAGAUAUUGUUGGGUGUAUCAGAAAGGGAGUAUUUGAGGCUUAAAGAAGCAGUUAAAGCUGUGAGGGUGCAUUUCGUGUUUAACAAGCCUGCUCAGAGUUAAACAAAUGGAAAGGUGGGGAGCAAAGGCAUGGAAGAGAGGGGGAGGAUGACCCAAACAAACGUGAAUUAAAGUUGUCAUGAAUGGUAUGAUGUUUCUUGGAUUGGAUGAGAGUAUGGCCUCAUAGAGAACGAAGUUGAGGGAUAAUAUAUUGGUGAAGGAUUGAUCUCUUUGUAUCCUUUUUAUUUCUGAUUUGUUGAUUUAAUAUGUUGAUUCAUGUUAGCCGACCCCAAACUCUUUGGGAUCAAGGCUUGGAUGUGGUUGUUGUUGUUUGUAUCUCAUUUAAAAAUAUGCACUUAGAAAAUCAUGUGGUAAAAAUUUAGUAAAGAAAAAUAUCACCUUCAUUAUCAUGGUAGGUUUUUGCUAAUAUGUUGGCUGAUCCAUAUCAAGUAGGAAAUAGCACAAUCAUUAACAUUCAAGGCUCAACCUUCAAGAUUGAUGUAAUAUCAUUAAACCAUAAAAUAAAUAGUUUUUUUAUUGCAAAAGUUUUUAUAACAGUAUCAUAUUUGUAAUGCAUGAUUUUCCCCAUUAAACCUUUGACCAAGAAAAAUAAUAUAAAACAAAACUCAGUUUAGGAGAAAUAAUCCAUGUGUUAGUGGUGUUUUAAAUAAUCAUUUCACUGCAUCUAAGAGCAUCUCCAAUGCAAAAAGGUGAAUUGUGCAUAUGUGACAUGAGAAAUAUAUAGCUAAUUAAAAACAAUAAAUAAAAUAUCUCUCUCCUUAUUUGAACGUUCUUAUAUGUUUUUGGUAAGUUUUUCUCCACAAUGUCAAGACAUUGUGGUUGACUUUGUUGAGAAAAAAUUACCAAAAACACAUAAGACCGUGAAAAGGAGGAGAUAGAAAGUCAUAAACUUAUUUUUGUGUCUAUUUCUCUCAUGCCACAUGUGCACCGUACACCUUGUAGAAUUUGAGAUGCUCUAAAAACCGAUUGUUGAGUUCAUACAUAUGUAUAUCUUAUGCAUAUUUUAAUGUUGAGAUGAUGAAAGUCUUAGUAAAUAAAUCUUCAAUUAUGUUAUUAGAGCAAACCUUAUAAACAUUAGCCAAACUUUUCUUCAAAAGUCCAUUAUUUUGCAAUGC